AUGUCCAAAAACUUUAUCACCACCUCCAGCGAUCAAAGCAAACGAAUCGUUUGUCUCGUGCUGCUUAUCAUUGGCGCGACAAAUAUCAUCUUGUACGAGAUUCCGAAGGUAAUAUUUUCUCGAACAAUGUCUUGUCACAAGACCGGUAAGUGUGCUGAGAUCUCUUUUCUUGGCAAAUGGUUCGAAAUCGAGCGGUACGAGCAAGAUUACCUGCGCAACCUGGAAUGUGUCACGAUAGAGUACGGUCAAGGGGUAGAAAAUCAAUCAAUCGAAUUAAAAGUCAAAGGAUUACUGCCGGAAAAGAAUGCCUCAGAGUCAUUCAGUCAAACAGCCCAGCUCUCGGAUCCCACGUCUAAUUCAUUAGAAGGAAAAUUAAAUGUAAGCUUUGGAGCCAAAUUUGGUGGUUAUUCCGAUUAUUGGGUAAUGGAAACUGAUUACACAAACUUUGCUGUCAUCUACUCCUGUACGCCGUUUGUUGAUGCUUCAUCAGUAAUUGAGGGGUACUGGUUACUGUCGAGAACGCCCAAACUAUCAGAGGAUACACAAACGGUGGAAAAAUUAAAAGUUCUACAAAACGCCUAUUUCAUACCUGAUCAUAUUAGGGCGACCAACCAAAGUGAAUCUUUCCCAAAUAGUACAGAAGAGAAUGUACUAACCGGAUUGUUUGAACUAACACAAAUUCUAUCAGUUGAUUUCGAAUACCGCAAUCCCACUGGUUUCUUAUUUAACAAGAUUUUCUCUGUGCGCUCAUCAAAUUAUACAUGCGAAAGCUUCAGUAUAGUAGGAAUCUUAAUUCGUACUGCAUCAUCUCUGGCUGCCGAAUCUUCACUUAAUCGAUACCGACUCGUCGCGAUGACAUGUUCCAUGAUUAAAGUGACAGCACUGCUGCUAGUGCCGUCAAUUUUGAUGCUGGCCGUAAGCCAACGAAUCGUUGACCAACCGUGCCCGGAUCCGGACAGCAGACCGAUUGUGACCAACUUCGACUUGGAGCGAUACAUCACAGGCAAGUGGUUUGAAAUUCUUCGAUAUGAGCAGUAUUUUGAACGAGAUUGUGACUGCGGUUAUGCCACAUACAGCCGGAGAAAAAAUGGUUCCAUUAGAGUUGAAAAUUGUUGCGAACGGUUACCUAAUACGACGAUACACUGCUCCAUUGGACUGGCUGUGGUCAGCUUCCCGAAUGAGAUUCCUUUGCAAGGAAAACUGAACGUAACCUUCGGCGGUCCUCCUAUCAGUUCCAACUACUGGAUAAUGGACACCGAUUACGACAAUUAUGCUAUUAUUUACUCAUGCAAAAACAUCUCGCAUAGUAAAUCAGCAGAAGCUGCCUGGGUUCUAUCCAAGCAAAGAACUAUUUCUCCGGAGGUGCGCCCCGUCGUGGACCGCUUGGUAGAUCAAUAUCUGUCCCGGUCCGAUAUGCGAAUCACAGAGCAAAGCCAAUCAAAAUGCAAAUAGCAGCGCACUGAGCCAAACUAGUCUUAAUUGAUCGGGAAAACUUUCAACUGUGGAGAAUCUUAUCAUCAACAGCAAGCAGCGCAAAGAAGAGGAUCGAAGACUCGUUGGUGAUUGCCUGGGAGGAGCACAUUCCAGCUGAAGAAAGAAGCAUUCUUGUUUUUAACAGCUUUGCAAAGACACCGCAGAGUUUUCGAACCAAUUCCCUCCCAAUCGAAAAGAACGAUAAACUUUUCCUGCUAAUAAAAUUUUUUCUUGUUU